AUCAAACCAGUUAAACCACGACAAAGAUAAAAUUUGGUGACACAAAAAGUUAACCUAUAAGGUUUAAAUUGCGGAACAUACGAAGCUUACACCAAAGAUUGAAAUGGCUGAUAUUCAAGGCUGGGCACUAUUGUUUUUCAUUUUGAUCAUUUCUACUAUCAUACUCCGAGUGAUAAUAAGAACUCGAGGCAGCUCUAGCCUUCCACCUGGUCCGUUUAGGCUCCCGAUCAUCGGUCACCUGCACCUUCUUGCCCCUAUUCCACAUCAGGCUCUUCACAAGCUCUCGUUCAAGUAUGGACCUUUGUUUCGUAUCUCCCUCGGGUCUAACUCUUGUGUUGUCAUCUCGUCGCCUGAAAUGGCGAAAGAGUUUCUUAAAACGCAUGAAGCGUCUUUGUCAGACCGUCCAAAAACUGUGGCCUCUGUGCACCUGAGCUAUGGUUCACAGGACUUUAUGUUUGCUCCUUACGGGCCGUAUUGGAAGUUUGUGAAGAAACUAUUCAUGUCUGAACUUCUUGGAGGCCAGACUCUUGAUCUACUUCAAACGGUUAGACGGUAUGAGAUUCAGAGCAUGAUCAAUGUAAUGCUCAAAAAGUCGUUGGCUGGAGAGACGGUUAAUGUGGGUGGUCAACUGACAACGCUUACUAACAAUGUGAUUUCAAGCAUGGUUAUGAGAAAAAGGUCGGAGAGUGAGGAGGAAGCUGGUGAAGUGAGGACGCUAAUUAAGGAGAUAUUUGAUAUUGCAGGGAUAUUUAAUCUCUCUGACUAUAUAUGGUUUUGCAAGAAUCUUGAUUUGCAAGGAGUGAAGAAGAGGCUAGUGGAUGUCCGCGGAAGAUAUGAUAGAAUGAUGGAGAGGAUCAUAGAGGAGCACCGCGAUAUGAGGAUGAAGAAAACAGAGAACAGUGAUGCAGAGUAUGCACCUAAGGACUUUCUUGAUCUUUUGCUUGAUAUGCACGAAGACGACAGCUUGGAAAUCAAGCUGAGCAUUGAUAAAAUUAAGGCUAUCGUAUUGGAUAUGUUUACUGCUGGAACAGACACGUCAGCUAACGUGAUUGAAUGGGCAAUUGCUGAGCUAAUUAACCAUCCGGUCAUCAUGGAGAAAGCUAGAUGUGAGAUAGAUAGCGUUGUUGGGAAGAGCAGAUUAGUUGAAGAAUCUGAUAUUGUGGAUCUCCCGUACCUCCAAGCGAUUGUGAAGGAAACUCUCAGACUUCAUCCUACUGGUCCCCUAAUACCGAGACAAGCAAGUGAAGGCUGCACUAUUGGAAACUACUACAUUCCAGCAGAGACUAGAAUAUUUGUUAAUGUAUGGGCUCUUGGCCGCGAUCCAGACUACUGGGAAAAUGCACUUGAGUUUAGACCAGAAAGGUUUAUAACUACUAGUAGUGAAAAUGAAGGGAGUGGAAAGGGUCAGCUAGAUGUUAGAGGGCAGCAUUUUCAUCUGUUGCCAUUUGGAAGCGGACGAAGAGGAUGUCCAGGGACUACACUGGCAUUGAAAAUCGUCCAAACAACCAUUGCAGCAAUGAUUCAAUGCUUUGAUUGGAAUGUAGUAGGAAACACUCCUGUGAAUAUGGAAGAAGGUACGGCCAUAACACUUAGCAGGGCUCACCCCUUGAUUUGUGUUCCAGUGGCUAGGCUCCAUCCAUUUCCAUCCCUUUAGUGGUGGCAUAGCCACUACUGUAUUUUAUGCACGUUAGUUUUAUUAUCAAUGUGAUGUUUAACAAAUUAUUCACU